UAAAUAAAUGGUAAAAAAGACGAAAGUAUCGUAGCACAAACACAGGAAUUUUCCCCCCAUUUCUAAAUUUAUUAUCGGGCAUGGGCAUAACUUAUACGGCGUGUAGUGUUUCAAGUUCGGGCCGUUAUUACGGGAGGGAUCUCCUGGUCCUGACUUGGAUUAGAGAGCGCUGAGAGGACCCAGCUUAGAAUAGAACAGACACGGAAUCGGUUUCUCAGUCUCGAAAAUCGCUAUGGACACGCAGGAUCUUCCUUCCGUCGUUUCCGUAGAAUUUGAAGUCUUCGGCAACGUCCAAGGAGUUUUCUUCACAAAAUACUGCAAGGAGAGAUGCCUUGAAUUGGGGCUGAGCGGUUGGGUGAAAAACAGCAAAAGGGGUACAGUUGUCGGAAAACUUCAGGGCACGAAGGCCAGCGUGGAAAACAUGAUUUCUUGGCUGUCAAAAAGUGGCAGCCCUGGAAGCAAAGUCGAAAGGUGUGAACUCCGUGAAUUUGAGUACCUGCCUAGACAAGAAUUUCGUGGUUUUAGUGUAAGGUUUUAAGUCAAAGCUUCCAUACUUUUUGUAAUACGAACUAUUUUUUAUUGUAUGUCCAGUUAUUAAUCUAUUUAUUAAUUGUGUAAGUCUGUGAGUUUAAAAUUCGUACGAAUAUGCCAUCAUAAGAAUGUUUAGGAUAUUUUUUAUGCAUGUUAUAAUUGUAUAUAAAAAUGUUUUAUAUUGAUUGAUAAAAAUGGGUUCAAAUGAACUAGGUAAAGGUGAUGAAAGCUUCAUAUAAUUUAAAUAAAAAAUUAUAUUUAAAACUAAAGAGGUUUUUAUUAAUCAUUUGUAUUACAACAACAUACAGAAUGAUAAAGUAAUGUUGAGAGAAAAAAAGUUUGUUUUCUGUAUUUAAAUAUUCUAAUAUUCAGAAAUCCACUUUAAACUUUAUUAUUCACUAAAAUAAACUAUAUGUUAACAAUUUGGUGGCUAAAUCACAAAAAGUUAACAUAUUUGUUAAAAAAAAGUCACAGUCGAGAAAUGUCAUGGUCAAUUGAAUAUAUGGUUUGUAAGUAGUUACAUUGAAAACCGUCACCACAAAGCUCAAUUUACAGUAUAACUAAAUUUUUGUUUAGAUAAAAAUACUACUUUUAGCCAUAAUGUUAUAACAAACAUUUUCUAAUUUUACAACAAAGUAAUGUACAACUUAUUACAAUUAUUCUGUUGUUAAAAAAAUAAAUAAUUGUCUUGAAA